UCUGUCUCAGUCCACGUUAGCAAGGGAUUCAGUAAGGAAAGCUUCUGACAAGAACCCGAAGAAACCCAAAACACCGACAACAUGGUUGAGUGGACAGAUGCCGAGCGCAGCGCCAUCACGGGGCUGUGGGGAAAGAUCAACGUCGAUGAAAUCGGACCCCAGGCCCUUGCCAGGCUCCUGAUCGUGUCCCCUUGGACCCAGCGACACUUCAGUGCGUUUGGUAACCUAUCCAGCCCCUCUGCCAUCAUGGGUAACCCCAAAGUGGCCGCUCAUGGCAAGACCGUGAUGGGCGGGUUGGACAGAGCCGUCAAGAACAUGGACAACAUCAAGGACGUUUAUGCCCAGCUCAGCGUGAUGCACUCCGAGAAACUGCACGUCGACCCCGACAACUUCAGGCUUCUCGCUGAGUGCAUCACCGUGUGCGUGGCCGCCAAGUUUGGUCCCUCCGUGUUCACCGCUGAAGUGCAGGAGGCCUGGCAGAAGUUGCUGGCUGUUGUUGUGUCCGCCCUCGGCAGACAGUACCACUAAACCCACUCUCUGCCUCUGGUGCUCAGAGAACAGCUCCGUCACAUCAUCUAGUCCUGAACUUAAAGCCAUUGGUUUGUUGUGAAAAUGGAAAGCUGUACUCUUCGACGAAACGACAAUAAAAUUAUAUUAAAAGCA